AUUUGGCAGAAAGAGCGCGUCUUGUAGUGAGAGAGUGAGGACACAUCAGCAAAAUAAAUCUGUCACAGUUUGAAGCAAGUUUCAGACUCCGAGUCCCAGUGCUUAUCAUUAGCCGCAGGAGAUCGUUAUCUUCCGUUUGCUCAGCAUCAGCAACGUCUGAAACCCAAAAGAGGGUACCAGCUCGGCUGAACACCAAGCCGGGGUUUGUAAAAUAUCAAGUUCAGGCAGAUACUGAAAACAAAGUGCUCGCUUAGGGCUUGUGAAUUGACCUACAGAUUUGUCAUCCGCCGAGUUAGCUUGACAAGUUUCAGCCGUUAAGAGUUUUUGAGGGAAUGGCAUUGGACUUCGCUGCGGGCUGCGUAGGAGGUGCUGCUGGUGUUUUGGUUGGACAUCCAUUUGACACUGUGAAGGUGCGGCUUCAAGUUCAAAAUGUGGACAAACCUCUGUACCGUGGGACAUUUCACUGCUUCCAAUCCAUCAUACGCCAGGAGUCGGCACUCGGCCUGUACAAAGGCAUCGGCUCUCCGAUGAUGGGGCUGACCUUCAUCAAUGCCAUAGUUUUUGGUGUCCAGGGGAAUGCCAUGCGCAAGCUUGGCCGCGACACACCGCUCAACCAGUUCCUGGCUGGAGCCUCUGCUGGAGCCAUCCAGUGUGUCAUCUGCUGCCCAAUGGAGCUGGCCAAGACGCGCAUGCAGUUGCAGGGCACAGGAGAGAAGAAGUCAAAGAGGAAGAUGUAUAAGAACUCCCUGGACUGUCUGGUGAGAAUCUACAGGAAGGAGGGAAUCCGAGGUAUCAACCGCGGCAUGGUGACCACCCUGCUGCGUGAGACACCUGGUUUUGGUGUGUACUUUCUCACGUAUGACAUGUUGACACGUUCCCUGGGCUGUGAGCCAGAAGACCCGUACAUGAUCCCCAAGCUGUUGUUUGCUGGUGGAAUGUCGGGCAUCGCCUCCUGGAUCUCCACCUACCCUGUGGAUGUGAUUAAGUCGCGUCUGCAGGCAGAUGGGGUCGGUGGUGUCAACCAGUAUAAUGGCAUUAUGGACUGUGUCAGACAGAGCUUGAAGAAAGAGGGGUGGAGGGUGUUCACACGUGGACUCACAUCCACCUUGCUCCGUGCAUUUCCAGUGAAUGCUACCACAUUUGCCACUGUGACUCUAUUUUUAAUGUACAUGCGUGAGGGAGAAGAGUGUAGCAUUCAGGACUCUGAGCCACAGUCCGUCCAGCUGCAGCCUCUGCAGCCACAGACACAGCCAACCAGCAUGUAAGCCGCUGUGCAGCAGUGAGCAUUACUACAGUCAUCAGCAAAUCUGUCAAGUGUAGAUGGACUUUGCAACUUCCUGCAGGUCUCUGAUCUGUAGCUUGGUAUCCAUCCUGGGUAAGCAUCUGUCCACUGAGCUUCAUCCAAGUGACCACGUAGUAUUUAAAUAAUAUAUAUUUUAAGAUAAAAUCUGCACUUGUAAAUAUAGUCUCUUUUUAAACAUCCUUGGUUUUAUACAUGGUAUGUUGAGUUUUAAGUAAUUUAGUAAACUUGACAGUUACAAGAGUUACGGUUACAGUUCUCCCUAAAAUUCGGAGUCAUAGAAACACUUUGUCUUUGAUGCUGUGUUCAUGUCACGAUUUACACCUGGAAGUCAUUUUAACACUGGUCUCCACUAUUACCAACAAGCCUGAACUUGUAGAGUAAUCACUCAGUUACGGAUUACCAAAAAGGUUUGGGCAUGCUGGUGAAAAUGAAUGCAUUUGUACCGUGCCUCUCUGCAAACUCCAAUCAAUGAAAAUAACAUGUAUUAAAUUGAAGUGGUUGACCAAUCCAUAAUACUCUCUCCAUUGCGUCCAGGUCAAAUCAUCCCCUUCCCGUUUACCUCUAUGUGAACACAGCAUUUCAACAUUGUGAUGUAAUGGUUACAAGUACAUAUACAUGUACAUUUAUAUAGAUAUGGUUGUAUUCAUUUUCUGAUGUUACAACUGUGUAUGUGCUUUCCUAUGAAAAGUCAUAGGAAUUUAAUCCAAAUUGUGACUGCUGCCUGACGUUUUAAUCGAGUAUGAGGUUACAACUGUCUUCUUUUUAUUUCAGUUCUUUGUCCAUCUUUAAUAUAAUACCUUAGAUUCUGAAAUUUAAAGUGAACAUAUUACAGGCUCAGAUGUUGCCCAUUGCAGUAGGACAUAAAGUUUAGAAGAAGUCAGAAAGAAUAAUGAUGUGUAAUUAUUUCUUUAAAAUGUUUGAUUAUUUGACACAAUCGUUGUGUAAAAACCAGAUCUGAUGCAGUUUGUAAUGUUGUUUUGGACAUUGUGCAGUGUCCAAAGAAAGCACCUUAUGGUAUAAGAAAAUGGUUACAUUUUUGGCAAUCCCAUUUUUUACUUUACACUCAAUAGAUUUUAUAUUUUGUAUUUACCACUAAUGUAAGAAUCUGUUACAGUGUUGAGCAAAAGUGAUAGCUUAUUUAAAAAGUGGGCUUUUUUAAAAUCCUAAAUGCAUUUUUAAACCUUCCUCUUCCUGUCAUUAGAUGUGAAGCACAAUCUUCCAUGUUGUCCACAAGGAGGCAUUGUCAGACCAGUUGUGUACACGGUAACCUGCACCAUAAUGGAGGCAGAGCAAGUUAAUAGCUCCUGCAUAUUUUGUCACUUGUAGCUUCUGUUUUUGAGUUUAAGACAGUACAACUGUACUACCUGUUAGCAAAAUUAUAAUGAUUAAACAUCAGCUCCAGUAGCUACUUAAUAGUCAACUAGAAAUAAAAUCCAGCUUGUGGCUUAUAACACCUGAUGUGAACUUAGAAAGAUUUUAUAAAUCAUUUAAUCAUUUACUUCCGUCUCUAUACAUGUUUUAACCUGAAACAACAUUAUGAUGACAUUUUCAGACAUUUGACCACCAGGCUUGCAAGUGUUAUUAUAACUGAGAAAUACUCCCUUGUCCAAAGCUUCAGCACCAAAGAUAGAACCAACAUAUUUUGAGAAAGGUUCUGUUGUCUUAAAACCUCUAAAUCUGAAGUUAAGACUCCCCUGCUUCCCUCUCCAUACUAACAGAGGGCACAGACCGUGUCACUCAGAGCAAUGUGACCUCUGUACUCUAUCCAGUAAAUAAUUGCACAAGUGAAAACUCUUUACAUUUUGCAGGUUUUAAAUGUGAACUUGCAUGUUAGCUGCAAUCAAACAUCAACUGGCCUGCAGGUGGCACAGAUGUCAAAACUACAGAAGCUUUUACUUUCCCUACACACCUUCAUGUCUACAUUUGCAGUUGUAAACUGCUCUUUACCAGUGAGUGGGAAAGUUAAGACUGGGACUGUAGGGUCAGAAAUGCAGGUAUGAAACUGCUUUGGAGUUGUCUUAUGACAUAAGUGUACAUACUGUGUAUUUGGUGUUUUAUGUUUUCAUGUCAUCUUUUUAAUUAUGAAGGUGUGAAAUUUAUCUGGGCUUUAAAUUUACCCUCAUUACAAUUCUGUAUUUCUGUUUCAAGACUUUACUUCUAUAUUUCGUUUAUAUAUUAGGUUUGUCCGACUUUGUUGGUGGAUGAUACAUGAUUGCUGACAUCUUUGUGUAAGGGGUGCUUUAAUUAUCUAAUGUUGCCUUUUUGUUCUGUACUUGUCUAUGUACAAAAUCUUGUACCAAAGUAGCGUGCCCACUCUGUAUUUCUUUAAGAGAAUGGUGAAAUAAAAGCCACUUUCUUUUCUCAUA